UAUACCUGGCCCCCAGAGCUCUCAGCUCAGCCUGGGAACCACUGUUCCAAAACAGACCGAGUGAUCCAGCUGAGGAAGGCGCAGCUGCAAAAGCAGGGAGAGAUGGAGAACGUGAGGAAGAAGAGGCACUUGGAUUUCCUGGACAUCCUCCUCCUUGCCCAAAUGGAGAAGGGGAACAGCUUGUCGGACACCGACCUCCAUGCCGAAGUGGACACGUUCAUGUUCGAGGGUCAUGACACCACAGCCAGUGGCAUCUCCUGGAUCCUCUAUGCUCUGGCCUCCCACCCUGAGCAUCAGCAGAGAUGUCGGGAGGAGAUCCAAGGCCUCCUGGGGGACGGCACCUCCAUCACCUGGGACCACCUGGACCAGAUGCCCUACACCACCAUGUGCAUCAAGGAGGCCCUGAGACUCUAUCCGCCAGUACCAGGAGUUAGCAGAGAGCUCAGCAAGCCCAUCACCUUCCCUGAUGGACGCUCCUUACCUGCAGGAAUCACCCUCUCGCUCUCCGUUUACGGCCUUCACCACAACCCGCAGGUGUGGCCGAACCCAGAGGAGUUUGACCCAUCCCGGUUUGCACCGGGUUCUGCUCGACACAGCCAUGCCUUCAUGCCCUUCUCAGGAGGAUCCAGGAACUGCAUUGGGAAGCAGUUUGCCAUGAACGAGAUGAAGGUGGCCGUGGCCCUAACCCUGCUCCACUUUGAGCUGGCACCAAACCCCUCCAGGAUUCCAGUUCCCAUUCAAAGAGUUGUGUUGAAGUCCAACAAUGGGAUCCACCUGAAGCUCAGGAAGCUCCCAUAACCUCUGUGGGGACAAGGACAAGCUCUGAGGGCCUCCUUCUGGCCACCCUGUCUUGCUCUCCCUCUACCCGGUCCCCUCCCUUUUUUGCCCACAUCCCACUUCUCUUGGGCCACCUGCAAGGCGACUUCAUGCCCUGCCUCCUGCCCAUCGGACAUUCUGCCCUUCUCCCUCUCACCUCUCUCCAGCCACUGUAUCUCUCUAUCAGUCCACCUGUCACUAACCUACCUGGAUCUCUGAGUGUCCACAUCAAGAGCCACCACCUGCCGUCCUCCAGGCAGUCUGUCUUCUCCUUGCCUUUCCUCCUUUCUGCCUGGCUAUUUGUCCAUAUAUGCAUUUCUUUCUGCUAUAAUACUUUCUUACAAGUUUAGUGACUUACAACAACACAAAAUUUGUCGCUGAUGGCUCCAGAAUCAGACAUCUGAAAUGGGUGUGGCUGGACCACAGCAACGAUGUCGGCAGGACUCCUAUGUAGGGAUGGGAGAGAAACUCUCUCUCUCUCUCUCUCUGCCUUGUUGAGGCUUGAGAGCUGCAGUCCUUGCAUUCCUUGGCGCCUGGAGGCUCCUCCACGUUCAAAUCCAGUGCCAUCUCUAAAUGGCCCUCUAGGUCCAUCUUCACAUCACCUGCACUUUCAUAAGGGCAUUGGUGGACUCACGGGCCCACUCAGAGAAAACACAGCUAUUCUGAGGCUCCGAGAAUCCCAAGUGGAUGCCUUGGGCAGCCAUUGCUCAGCCUGCCAAAUCCUGGGUGGCUAGCAUCACUCUGGGCCCCCAUCUGUCCCGUGCCUUGGGGGUCUACAUGUUUGUCCCUCACGUGGCCUCCCUUCUGUCCGACUCCCUGAUAAAGUUCGCUGUGUCACCUGGA